CUUGCACUGCCAGCUCCAUAUCAUUAUUCCAUAUUUAGCCAAAAAAUUUGAUGAAUUCCUUUUAGGAUACCUAUAACAGUUUGACUGAACACACAGGGCUCUUUGAUAGCCCAUGGUUUUUGAAAUUUCUUGAUUUCUGUCGGGACAUGGAAGAUAUCCGGUUAAAAACAGAUCAGUUUAACUGAUAGGGUUUUUCAACCGUGAAUACAUAUUAAACUGUAGUUGUCACCACGUGAGUUCAUUUAUGUGACAAAGCCAUAUAGAUAUAUAUUUUAAUAUACAAAUUUCAACCAAUUAGAAAAAAGCUGCCGCAUUCCUUUUUACAUAUGCAAAAGUUAUCACUUUUCAGUUAUUUCACAGAGAAGCACUUUAAAUAUUUCAUAUAUCUGAUCUGGAUGUGACUUGCAAUAUUAAACAGGGGCUUCCACUGAAUUCUUUUAAAUGCUGUGCAGAUUUCAAUUUGCCAGCAUUAAGUGAGGACAUGAAACAUGAGGCUUUAAAGAAGUGAAGCGGCAAUAACAGGGUCACGUAACAUAACCAUAUUACGGGAAAAUUUUCUUUGGGAUUGAAUGUACCACAGAUCACGAAGCUGGAGGAGUAGUGGAGGUUUUAAAGAUUUUUAGUCGUGACUGAUUCUACGUAUGUAGCAGUGCUACAACUACAGCUAUGGAGUUGACAGUGGUGGAGAGCUGGUACAGAUGCUACAAGUUUGCUCAAGCCACCAUGGAAGAGCUCCAGAUUCGUCCCCAUGUCCUGUUUGUUCAUUCCUACAAGUCACCUCACUUCUGUGACUUCUGUGGAGAGAUGCUUUGGGGAUUGGUACGCCAAGGACUGAAAUGUGAUGGAUGUGGACUGAACUUUCACAAGCGUUGUGCCUACAAAAUCCCCAAUAACUGUUCACGUGAUCGUGAGCGGGGUCGAAGAGGAUCGGGUACAUCAAAUAAUUCAUUUUCUCUCCCGAGGUCACCAUCAGAAUAUUCUGAUAAAGAGGGCUUAGGGCUCCUCCUCAGUGGCAGUCAAACCAGUCUGUCCUCAGCUGAGGGGCGCACCAACAGGUCCAAGUCAUGGAGCGGCCGCCCCCUGUGGAUGGAGAAAGAGUAUGCUGGAAGAAUUAAGGUUCCUCACACCUUCAUGGUCCACAACUAUAAAAAACCCACAGUGUGCCAGUUCUGCAAGAAGCUACUGAAAGGGCUGUUCAAACAAGGACUACAGUGCAAAGAUUGUAAAUUUAACUGUCAUAAAAAAUGUGAGCCACAUAUUGCAAAAGACUGUCAAGGAGAAAUUCCAAGGAAUUUAUAUGGAGAGGUGUACUUUGAAUGUGAUGCCUCGGAGGCAGAAAGUGUGAUUGAGACGGAGGCAUCUGAGCUAGGGGAAUCUCUUCUUGAUGAUGAAGCUUUUCUCGAUAGCGAAGACAAUGACUAUCCGAAGCCACCACUGAGUCCCACUCAGAGCAGUAACAUUCCGUUGAUGCGUGUGGUACAGUCGGUGCGCCACACGAAGCGUGCGGGAGCCCAAUCAAAGAUCUUGCGUGAAGGAUGGCUGGUGCAUUUCACCAACAGGGACCACACUCGAAAGCGACAUUUUUGGAGACUGGAUACCAAAAGUAUUACACUCUACUCAAAUCCUGAGUCAUCUAGAUAUUACAAGGAGAUUCCCCUGGCAGAGAUCUUAUCCCUGGAUCCUGCCAGAGACCCCCAGAGCGUGGAUGCCACCAGGGCCCCUCACGUCCUGGAGAUCAAGACAGACAGCACAAUUUUCUAUGUCGGCGAAGACCCCUCCUGCGAUGGCAAGGAGUCCAUCCUUAUGGCCUCCCCGGAGAGUGGAGUCGGACUGGACCUGGCCAAAAACUGGGAAAUGGCCAUCCGCCAAGCCCUCAUGCCGGUCACUCCUCAGUCCAGCAAUGCUGGCCAGGCUGGACAAGACAAAUCAGAAUCUGACAAGAAAAAUAGCAAAGAAGAAUGCAAAAAUAAUGUUCAAGUGACAAAUCAUCAGUCAGCAGAGGCUGGCAGUGUAGAAGGCAAGGUGGAUGUUAGUCAGAUGUAUGUUAUCUACCCAGAUGAUGUUCUGGGUUCAGGACAGUUUGGUAUUGUGUAUGGAGGCAAGUGUAAGAGAGAUGCAAGGGAGGUGGCUAUUAAAGUUAUUGAUAAACUGCGUUUCCCUACCAAGCAGGAGGCCCAGCUAAAGAAUGAAGUGUCCAUCUUGCAGAACCUUCACCAUCCUGGUGUAGUGAAUCUAGAACAGAUGUAUGAGACACCAGAUAAGAUCUAUGUGGUGAUGGAAAAAUUGAAGGGAGACAUGUUGGAGAUGAUAUUGUCCAGUCCGAAGGGCCGCCUCAGCGAAAGGGUCACCAAAUUUCUCAUAUCACAGAUCCUAGUUGCCUUAAAACACCUACAUUCCAAGUCCAUAGUCCACUGUGACCUGAAACCUGAGAAUGUGCUCCUGUCUUCAGAGACACCAUUCCCACAGGUUAAGUUGUGUGACUUUGGAUUUGCCCGCAUUAUUGGGGAGAAGUCUUUCCGCAGGUCUGUGGUGGGAACUCCUGCUUACUUGGCCCCUGAGGUCUUAAAAAGCAAGGGUUACAACCGGUCACUUGACAUGUGGUCAGUGGGAGUCAUUAUUUAUGUCAGUUUGAGUGGAACUUUUCCCUUCAAUGAGGAUGAAGAAAUAAAUGACCAGAUUCAGAAUGCAGCAUUUAUGUAUCCACCUAACCCAUGGAAAGAAAUCUCAGAGGAGGCAAUAGAUCUGAUACAAGGUUUGUUGUGUGUGGACAAGCAAAGGCGGUUGACUCCCCAACAAGCAGAGGACCAUGUUUGGAUAGGAGAGGAUUACCAAACGUGGUGCGAUCUACGCAAGAUGGAGAAGUAUGUUGGAAGGCGCUAUCUGUCGCACGAGUCAGAUGAUGCCCGAUGGGAACAGUAUCGUAAAGACAAAAACUUGGAUACCUGGGAAACAUUAGGACACACAGGUGUGGAUAUGAGUUUUCAUAAUAGAACACCCACAGCGCCAAGCCGCAGUCGCAAUAAUGGCUGUGGUAUUAUAGAGGAACAAGUUAGUGUGAUUUGACCGAGUCGUCCAUGUUCUCCUGUCUGUUGACUGGCCCCGCUGUCUGCAUGUGAACAGACUCUGUUGUAAAGAGCACCAUACUUUUCUUCUUUCACACCAUCUUGCAUGGGAGUAUUCAGAAUGAUUUUCACAUUCUUCUCAAAUAUUUGAAAAAUUUCAGGACGAUGAAUUUUCUUAUUAAGGGUGAUUAACACAAAGCGAUAAUUUAGUAGUAGUGAUAUAAAGCAGUUGUUAAUCCUGUAUUUGUUAAUAAGAUGUAAGAAAGGCAUUUUUAGAUAUAUGAUUAUAUAUAUGAUAUAUAACAUGCAUGAGAAUAGCUGUUUUGUCUACUUGCCAUGAGAUGGCACCAGAUUAUAAUCAAGACAGGCCAACAGUGGCACAAAAAAAAAAGCAGCAGUCUUUUAACUAAUAGUUUGGUAGCAAAGAGGAUAAGGUGAGGAAGGGUUAGUAUUUGAUAAUUGCAUUUGCUGUAUAAUUAAGUGAAUGGUGGAUUCAGAAUUCUAAUUUUUGAUGCACUUAGAUGAAGUUAACAUUAGUUAGGUUCAAGCAUCAUAGUGUUCUUUUUAUCCUUUACAUCAAUUGCUAUUGAAACAAAGUCCCCAUUUUAUCACUUACAUUUAUAUAUAUAUGUGUGUGUGUCUGUGUGUGUGUCCUUUUUCAUACUUUACCAUGAUUUGGUAAGUGUGCUACUUGCUUAUCUUUUUAUUGGCCUCAGUUGUACUUUUUUGUGCAAUAUCUUUGUUGCUUGAUUAUCUGCUAAAUAUAAAAUGUUUAAAAUUAUACUAAAAUCUGUUUAAAGGAAACAUUUUUACAUUAUUUACGCAAGCAUUAUGAAAUUCAAACAGUAGGCCACAAAUAGUAGUUUGACAAAAUUACUUAGCAAUUCAAAUUUUUUAAUAAAAUGCCUUCUAAGGUUAGUUGAUGGAAUAAGGGAAAUUUGAUUUUCAAAGAUGCAAACAUUACUCUGCCAUUUCUCAGGUCUUAAGUUUCAGGCCUCUAGUCAAAAUGAAGUUAGGUUAAGUAAAACCAUGAUGUGAACUUUUGAAAAGCAAAACUGUCCAGUGUAAGCUGAAUUAUAACCCCCAGUCUCAAUGAUCAAUACCUGUCUAGAUAUGAUUUCCCUAGCCAAAUUAUUUACUAAUUAAAUAUAUAAUAUAUGGCAUAUUUUCACUUCCUCUUAAAAUGUGUUUGCUUACGAGCCAUGGUUGAAUUAUGAGUGCAUAACAUUUUCUUUGAUGACUUAAAAAAUAAUAAUCUUUAGAGUGAAAAGAAAAUUGUUUUGAUGAUGUAUCUUUUUAUACGAGUCAGUUAGUACUGAAUAUGAAACCCAGAAAUGAAAUGUUACUUGGUAAAGUUGAGAAAAACAUGUUCAAAAAAAAUUGUCAUUCCAUACUGAUGACAUGGAAAGGGAUGUGACACAUUAUAAUUAGCUCACCAUAUUUUGGUGAGCUUCAUAUGAAAGCCAAUAGCCAUGUAUGUAAUUCCCUUCCACAUCUUUGGCAAUUUUAUCUUUUGAAAAAAGAAAAAGAAUAACACCUUUAACACAUAUCUCAUAUAAAUUAUAUAUUACAGAAAGUAAUUAAUUGCUCAAUAAAGUACUAAUUUUUGAUGGAAGAUGGAAAUCUAACAAGUAUAAUGGGUUUAAAACAGAAAACUAGAUAUCAAAAGUUAAUAUGAUAUUAAUUUCCUGAAGGUGCUUAUUUGUGUUACAUUAUACUUUGUCAGUGUCUUUUUUUAUUUUUUAUUUAUUGUUUUUUUAGAGAAUGGGGUUGAAGUAUUUGAGUACACAGCAACUUGCACAAGUAGAUAUAUUUAUUUUAGAGUACACCUCAGGUAAAUUUAUUUUUAAAAAUAUGUUCGCACUGAUCCAUUUUUCCCCUAGAAUUUCGAGAAUUUAAUAUAUCCUGUUUAUGACACAGCUUAUAAUCCAGUAUAAUUAAAUGAAGACAAAUGAGAGUAAGAGAUAGUGGUAAAAUUCACAUCAGAAAUUUUCAUAAAAAGGUAGGAAGUUUGUAGUAAUAUCUUCAUUUUUGUUUCCCCACAAAGUGGGAGGCUUAUAGCAUUGUUCCUAUAUGUCCCUACAUCACAAAAGUCUUUGCCAAGUCAACUUGAAAGAAGGAGAAAGUUUGUGUGAUUUGGUAAUGUGAUCAAGUAGACUAGUAUGUCAUGGAAGCUCUCUCUAAGGUGCAAACCAUUGGGGCAUUAUUAAGUAAAAGAUGAGAUGGAAACUGUCUGUACAGAAAAUUUUUACUUUUGGGUAUGGUUUUUCAGCUUUGACUGCUUUUUGCUAGAAGUUGAUUUAAAUUAUAGAAUUGUUCUUGUCAGGGAGUCUCUUGUUGUGGUGUUUUUUCCCCCUGAAGAGAAAAUCACAGCUUGUGUACCUGUGUGAAGAGACAACCAUUAUGCAUCUACAUAUGACUCUAGAUUCAUUGUUUGAUAUUGAAACCACAUUAUCAUGAUCAUAUUUCCAGAAUUUUGUAUUCUCGGUGUUUUAGAAUAUCAUUUGGAACUUUUUUGGAUUGAGAGUAGCAAUUUUCAUAUGCUGUUUUCAUCAAUUUUGGAGAAGUAAUAGGAUACUUGAAUAGAAUUUUAUUAUCAAAGUGAGGAAAUAUAAUCCUCAUAAGAGCUGUCACUACAAGUUAAGAUCUCUUUUUGUGCACUUACUCACCAUUAUUGAGUCUUGGCUUGAAAUAGGAUAAAGAUUAUUUUUUAUCUCAAGUUGGAUGAAUAUUGAAGUAUUUUGUCUAACAUCCUGAAAAUGUAUUCAAUUUUCUAGGGUUGCAUUAAUGUUCCUGUUCAUGAACUCACAGAUGAAUAACAAGCCAUGUUCAGCAGAUUUUAAAGAUUUUAUUUCUUUUUUGAAUUAUAGAUAGAUUGAAAUGUGCAAUUGAAAUUAAAAUGUAUAAUUAUUAUGCCAUAAAGAUAGGUAUUUAGAACUGUUAUAACAUUUAUGUCUUUGAAUGAUGAUUAGAAGUGUACCUUGAUAUGUUAGAUGAGGUCCCUCCAUAUUAGAAUCAAACAGCAAACCUCACACUUGACAAUUAAGUUGCACAAAUUGUUAAAUGACGUGAUAUCUUCCACUACCUUCAAUUUCUUCCACUAAAUUUUUUCUUCCACUACUUUUCAUUUUCUAAAUAUAACAGACAAAACAAAAGAAGAUCUCAAGUAGGUAUCUGACAGUUAAAAUUGAGUAUUGAAAAACGAUUUCCAAUGACUUUCUUUUGUAAGCUUUGUAUAAUUGUGAAAAGGGCUUACAGUAUUUUCUAGUGUCUGGUUUGUUGCUUAGGGAAAAUGCACUGAAAUGUGAUGAAUAUUGUAUAGUUCCCUUUUUCAUUGCCACAUGUAUCAUGUGCACUGUGUCAACUUACAAUAAAAUAUGGAAGCUUUCAGUGGCUGGAUAGCUGUAAAAUGGCCUUUUUGAUACCUUGCCAUCAGCAAGUUAAUAAACUUAUUUGACUUCA